AUGAUGGAGGUGCUGCCGGACCGCUGCGUGCCCAUCGCCAAGCGGGAGCUGCUCUACAUGGGGGCCGUGGGGGUGGUCUGCUGGCUUGGUGGCAUCAUCUUCAUCGACCGCAAGCGGACGCACGACGCCAUCAGCGUCAUGGCUGAGGCUGCCCACACCAUGCUCAGCCAGGACGUCCGGGUGUGGGUCUUCCCUGAGGGAACGCGCAACCACAGUGGCUCCAUGCUGCCCUUCAAGCGGGGCGCCUUCCACCUCGCCGUCCAGGCCCAGGUCCCCGUUGUCCCCAUUGUCAUCUCCUCCUACCAGCACUUCUACAGCAAGCAGGAGCGGAGGUUCACGGCCG